AUGAUGGCCGUAUGCAUGUUCUGGCUCCUCACGUACGUGGGACAAGGGCUAGACCUGGCCGUGGGGAAUCGUCCGGUGAUCAUCAUGCAAGGUGCACAGGAACAGGACUACCGGCACGGUAUCAGAAAGAAGAGCGAGUUGAACUCGGUAGGCAAUAACCUGUUGCACUUCAGGAUAUAUCCUCCGGAGGCCUCUCACCGGGACGAGCUGUCCAACUGGCUCCUGUUGAACGACGAGCCACGGAUCUCGUCGUGGGCACCGGCUGGUAUAUUGAUCGACGACAUGAUCAGAGAGCCGAGGGAGCUGCAGACGGUCUUCUUCGCCCUGUCGCCAGCGAUGCUGAACAUGCUCUACUCGGAGUACGUGAACACCGCCACGCAACCGUCCGAGCAAUUUUUCCACGAGGAUCAGCAACAGGCGGGUGGUCCGAUGGGUGGUCAACGUGGCAAGAAGUUGCGGAUAGACUGUAGACACCCGAGGAACACCGUUAGCCUACCUAUGAGAGUGUGCGACGACGAGAUCGGCCAGAAGGGCGUACAGGAGACCAGACAAUUGAGCUACGACGAACUGUUCGAGCAGAAACUGAACACUGCUGCGAAUCUGAAGACUGACCCGAACUCACGGGGCCCAGAGAAACCGAGGGAUUAUCAGAAUGGAGCACCGUUCGUAUCCAGGCCACCAUUCGGUCUGGAUGCUAGCAAGCUACCUGGAAAGAGGAGCCAAGCACCGGUAGGACGUCGCUCCAUCGACCUCGCCGGAGAGUCCGCCCCACAUCAAGCUCAACCGCCGUCCUCCCUCGGGAACGGCAUCACCGUCGCUUCUCAACUUAUGCUCAGAUCUACGAGAGGAAGCAUACAGUACGACGUCCCGCAAAUCGAGUGCCCGAGCUCGGAAGACGGGAUGGAAAGGUUCGCGUGCCCUACUGCAGACAGAAUGGGUAGAUACCAUUGCAUCGACGAUCACGCCUUGUGCGACGGUUUCAUAGACUGCCCUACAGGCGAAGACGAGGACAGGCAAGCCUGCAUGUUUUACAAAACCACGAAAGCUCACCUUGACGUAUUGGCAGAUGCCAUUUUGCGAUGGGCAAGAGGACGCUAA